AUGUCAGCCCCUUUCAUCUAUGACGAGCUUGAGAUUGGCGACAGUCCGGAUGGUGAGAAUGAACAAGAAGACAUCAUGUUUGAUCCAAACUUUGUCGACGACUUUAGUCUCCCACAAAGACCCCAAGAACAAGCUGUGUUGGGAGACGAUGGUUCUAUGAACAUCGACCCCGACCUUGACCUGCCUCCUGUCGACAACCACUUCAACGAACUAUACCAGACCAUAAUCGAGAGUCGACGGGCUCAGGAGAGCCAUCAUGCAAUCGACCCCAGCCUCGACGGUUAUCCCGGCCAUAUUGAUAAUGAUGUCGUCACAGAUGUUGAGAUUACGAACAAUUAUUCAACAGCCACUGCUGGCAAGGAGGUGGCGCCAACCGAUGCAACUGCAGACGAGUUUUAUGAGCUCAACGACCUUGCACCGCCACAGAGGCAUCGAACUCGCCCGACAGCGCUUGACUUUGAAGGACCUCUACUGCCUUGGAUCCAAAUCCAAGUUUACAACCCUGAUGGUCAGCUGACUACAAACCCUACCUGGCACUCUCCUGCUGGUUUCCGUCAACGUGGAAAUCGAGUUCCUUUUGAUCCAACUCUUUCGCGAGGCCUUUUCGACCCGCCAGAGGAAGACUUUUAUCUCAACGGCAUUGCUAGCAACAGCACCGCUCCUGCAGGGCCUUAUUCCUAUUCUUCAUCUCUAUCCAUUCAAGAUCAACAACCUUCUCAGACUGCUUUCUCUUCCUCCCUGGUUUCUUCCCCAAGCUGGCUCUUGCGCCAAUAUCCUCAUCUUGCAUCAGCAACAAUGUCUUCUUCACCCGGCAGUGGUCAAUCUUCUCCUUCCUCGGCUUCAACAGAGUCUGUCUCUGGACCGCUUGCUCAAGACUUGGACUUUAUCGUUGGUCUCUACGACGAUGAGCAGCCUCUGGCCCCAUCUUUGGAUCCUCAAGCUACCGCCGAGAAUGGCACCCAUGUCUCUUCUGGACCCAGCUCUGGACAAGAUUCCACGCAGAACCAGGCAGCUCCAGACCAGCCGUACGCUCUUGACCAGAGUCCCAGCCACAUUGAAAUCCCUCAUCAAACCGACAUUUUCAACUUGGACAUUGCGCCUGGCCCUGCUUCCCAUGUUGAAGCCAACUGCUACCUCGAGCAACUCACCCCCGUUCAGAAGAAUGAUGGCUCGAAGCCUGUGCUUUUUAUUCACGGCGACCACCAUACUGGACAGAACUGGAAGUACCUUCCCGGUCACACCGAGACCAACUUGUCUUUCGUCGACUACUUUCUCCAGCAGGGCCACACUUGCUAUGUCCCCGACAUGCCCAUGAGUGGCCGCUCCAUGGCUUUUGCUCAACGAGAGAACUUUGGCCCCAGGGAGCCGAGCAUGAACGCCGUCGAGGGAGAGCUCACUUCGCCUCGUGACAACCUCUUUCCGCUGUACGACACUGCCAGGUAUCAUUGCCAGUUCCCAGGAGUCAAUCAAAAUGCCCCGAUUGAUCUGGACAUCGCCGGCGUGCGCUGGGACCCGUACUUUCUGAACUACCACACCUCUCGCGUCCCGGUCUGGAACACCUCGGAGGAGAGAAUCACCUACGGCGCCGAAGCUGUCGCCAUGAUCCUGGAACGCAUCGGAGAACCCACCGUCAUCAUCACCGAGGGCUCCGGCGGCGUGUGCGGCCUCAUCGCGGCCGACCGCUUCCCCGACAAGAUCGCCGGCCUGAUCCUGAUGGGCUACCCCUACGCACCGUUCGCGAAGCCCUUCCGGCUGACCAGGUUCGACAACGGCGUCGGCAGGCUGUACCACCAGGACACGAUGGAGGAGUGCUCGGUGCUGACCAGCGGCUUGGCCUCGGCCGACCUGACCUUCGACCCGCCGCUGGCGCCCACGCAGAGCCUGGACGUCGCCAAGAAGUACGCCGACGAGGGCGAGCAGGGAGCGUACUGCUUCCUGCAGGACGCCGCCAAGCCCGUCCGCAAGCUCGUCAACGUCGCCAAGGUCCCCGUCCUGGUCGUCACCCCGGAGGCCGGCAGGAACUGGGCCUACGACUGGUCGGUCGUCGCGUUCCUCCGCCAGGCGGGCGUCGACGCCGACUGGUUCAAGCUGGCGCACUUUGGCCUGUUCGGCAACGGGCAGCUGAUGUGGAUGGAGAAGAACGGCACAGAGGUCGCCAAGCUGCUGCGGGCCUGGAUCGUGGCCAAGACCACCACCACCGCCACCCCGGACGACGACGACGCCGCCGCCACCGCUGCCGCUGCCAUCCUGGCUGUCCUGCCGGACCAGGUCGCCCUGGCCGACGGGCGCGAGGAGGCGGUGCGUGGCAUCGCGGCCCGCGAGGCGGCGCGGUACGAGGUCGCGUGGGAGGAGAGGCGGGCAGCCUGGGCGAGGCGGGAGAUCGCACCCCCGAUCCGCGCCAACAUCGACCAGAUGGAGUGUUUCUACUCCUGGAUGCCGGUGUUGGACGUGGCCAGGGCCGAUUUCCAGGCUGCACAGGCUGUCGCUGCCGCCACCUCUGCUGACGGUGCUGCCGGUGCUGUUGGUGACGGUGCCGCCGCUGCCCCGUGA